AUGGGUAACUCGCAUGCGAAGCAUGAGGAGAAGAAGCACGCGAAGAAGCCGCCCCAGCCUCCAACCGCCGCCGAGGAGUGCGCGGCGCCGGGGAGUGCCAAGGCGCCGCCAUCCGGGUCCCGGCUGCGCGACGCCUACCACGUCGAGUCGAAGAUUUUGGGCGAGGGCCACUACGGGACCGUGCGGCGCUGCUCGCCGCGGGGCGACGCGACGAAGCGCUUCGCCGUGAAGAGCAUCAACAAGUCGCGCGUGCACCGGCCGGAGAUGCUCAAGCGCGAGGUCGAGAUCAUGAAGGCCGUGCGCCACCCGAACAUCAUCGAGGUCGUCGAGGUCUUCGACGAGCCCGACUUCCUCCACAUCGUCACGGAGCUCUGCCGCGGCGGCGAGCUCUUCGACCGCAUCAUCGCGAAGACUUCGAGCCGCGAGAAGCACUUCUCCGAGGCCGACGCCGUGGGCAUUUUAGCCCAGAUCCUCGAGGCCGUGGGCUACUGCCACGGCUUGGAGCCGCCCGUCGUCCACCGCGACCUCAAGCCCGAGAACUUCCUCUUCGUCACGGAAUCGGACGACGCCGCGGUGAAGAUCAUCGAUUUCGGGCUCUCGAAGUACGGCCCCGCGGGCGAGGACCACAUGCACACGCGCGUGGGCACGCCCUACUACAUCGCGCCCGAGGUGCUGAAGCGCGACUACACGCUCAAGUGCGACAUCUGGUCCGUCGGCGUCAUCGCGUACAUCCUCCUCUGCGGCUACCCGCCCUUCUUCGGCGACAACGACAAGGAGAUCUUCCGCCGCGUGUCCGCGGGGUCCUUCACCUUCCCCUCGCCGGAGUGGGACCACAUCUCCGGCGACGCCAAGGCCUUCGUGUCCACGCUGCUGGAUCUCGACCCGGAGAAGCGGCCGACGGCGGCCGCGGCGCUCGAGGACAAGUGGAUGGCGAAGCACGACGACCACCACCGCGCGCACGUCAGCCGCCACGCGUCGAACCCGGCGGUGCUCGCCGCCGUCGCGCGCCGCAUGGAGCGCUUCGUCCACAUGGCCAAGCUCAAGCGGCUCGCGCUCAACGUGCUCUCGCGGAAUCUGACGGGCCGCGAGAUCAAGGACCUCCGCCGCGUCUUCGAGGCCAUCGACCGGGACAGGAGCGGCAAGAUCUCGUCCGCCGAGCUCCACGACGCCUUGAAGCCCCACCUCGAGCGCGACCACGUCGACGCGGCGACGCUGCUGCGCGCCGUCGACAUCUCCGGCGACCACGAGAUCGACUACAACGAGUUCCUCGCGGCGACGAUGCAGCGCAACCUCUACCAGAAGGACGACAACGUCAAGAAGGUCUUCGCGCAGCUCGACCUCGACGGCACGGGCUGCAUCACGGUGGCGAACCUCGUCGAGAUCACGGGCUCCAAGAAGCACGCCAUGGAGCUCCUCGACGAAGCGGACCUCGACCACGACCACAAGAUCUCCUACGCCGAGUUCAAGGCCCUCAUGCUGAAGAAGUAG